GAGUGCAGCGUCACCUGUCGAUGAACGCAUGCAAAAUGGCCGCGUCUGUCAAAAGUACGUUGCACUGACAAAAGCGAACGCUACGGGUUACAUUGCAUAAAUACAAAGUGAAACAGGUGCAUACGGUAUUUAUACAUUUAUAGAUAGUAAUAAAUAAGGUUGAAAAUAAGAAUGUCAUUGCAACGAACGUAGAAGAAUUUUGGACUUUAAUACAAGUAUGGAAAAGAAAGGCAGUGCAGAACUCCUGGGCACAGAACAAAGCAAUUCGAAGAAUGCCAGUUCAGAUUCUCUCAACUCAGAUAGCAAAAGCAGUUCGCUUAAUUCAAAGAUGGGUCAGGAAUUGGAGAGUUGGGAAAAAGCUUCACACUCAAAAAGUUUUUCUUCAAGCUCUACUUCAACAGAUAAUAAUAUAGUCUCUGCUCUAGAGACUAAAAAAGAUAAUCAAGUAAAAAAUUUGUCUGGAGGAGAUACGGGACCACCACUCUUGAAUGGAGAACGGGUACAAGGCAUUGCACACGAAGUUACCUAUUUGUGUCCUUACUCGGGGCCUGCCAGAGGGAUUCUUAGUGUUACGAAUUACAAGCUUCACUUUCGUAGUAUAGAUCGAGAAACGCCUUAUGUUGUUGAAGUGCCGUUGGGGGUUGUUAGUCGGAUUGAAAAAGUUGGUGGUGCGUCGAGUAGAGGAGAGAAUUCUUAUGGAAUCGAGGUGUUUUGUAAAGAUAUGAGAAAUCUCAGAUUUGCUCAUAAGCAGGAGAAUCAUUCCAGACGAGAUGUAUUUGAGAAACUACAACAGUAUUCUUUUCCAUUAUCUCACAAGUUACCUCUUUUUGCCUUUGAAUACUCUGAAACUUUUUCUGAAAAUGGUUGGAAUGUUUACGAACCUAUUGCGGAAUUAAAGAGGAUGGGUGUAAAUAAUGACAUGUGGAAAAUAUCCAAAAUCAAUGAUACAUAUUCGCUAUGCGACAGUUAUCCAGCUGUCUGGGCAGUACCUGCAGCAGCGACUGACGAAGAUCUCCAAGCCUCUGCAUCUUUUAGGAGUAGAGGUAGACUUCCGGUUCUCUCAUGGAUUCAUCCAGAAAGCCAAGCAACGAUAACUCGUUGCGCUCAGCCAUUAGUAGGCGUUGGAGGCAAACGAAGUCGCGAAGACGAAAGGUAUGUCCAACUAAUAAUGGAUGCUAACGCACAAAGUCACAAACUUUUUAUUAUGGAUGCGCGUCCGAUGCCAAAUGCGAUAGCAAACAAAGCGAAAGGAGGUGGAUAUGAAAGCGAAGAUGCUUAUCAAAACGCAGAAUUGGUCUUUCUCGACAUUCACAAUAUACAUGUUAUGAGAGAAAGCCUUAGGAAGUUAAAAGAAUUAUGUUUUCCCACAAUUGAUGAGGCUCGAUGGCUAUCGGGCAUAGAAUCAACGAUGUGGCUCAAGCAUAUCAAAUGUGUUCUUGCUGGAGCUGUAAGAAUUGUGGACAAAGUCGAAAAUCACAAGACUUCUGUUUUAGUUCACUGUUCCGACGGUUGGGAUCGAACAGCACAACUUACAGCUCUCGCAAUGUUAAUGUUAGAUCCAUACUAUAGAACAGUCAAAGGAUUUGAGGUUCUAAUAGAAAAAGAAUGGCUUAGCUUUGGACAUAAAUUUCAACAGAGGAUAGGCCACGGUGAUGAACACCAUAGCGAUGCAGAUAGAUCGCCGGUAUUUUUACAGUUUAUUGAUUGCGUUUGGCAAAUAAUGCGGCAAUUUCCCAAUGCUUUCGAAUUCAACGAACAUUUUCUAAUUACUAUUCUCGAUCAUCUUUACUCUUGCAGAUUUGGCACAUUCUUGUUUAGCAGCGAGCGCGAAAGAGUGCAAGAACAAGUGAAGCAAAGAACAGUUUCCCUCUGGUCAUAUACCAAUAGUCAAUUAGCUCUAUAUCUAAAUCCUCUUUAUCGGUCUGGUACAAACUAUCAACUUGUUUUAAUGCCAGUUGCUAGUAUGCGGUACAUUAAACCGUGGAAAAGUCUAUAUUGUAGAUGGAAUCCCAGUAUGCGGCAACAGGAUCCUGUUUAUCAAAGAACAAGGGAGCUUCUAGUCUUGAAAGAGCAGCUCGAGAAGCAGCUGGAGGAAGGUAGACGCGAACAGGCCUCACGUGCGAAUCGAUCCAUUACCUCGCCGGCACCACCCAGAAUACAUUCCCCGGUUCAUAUAUAGCGCCACGGGGAAUUUUGAGUCUGAUAAUUUGUAGUUUUGUAAAUGAACUGUGGAAACUCUUGAUCUACUACUUCAAGCCAGUACAAGAGAUUUUGACUGAAUUCCGCUUGUGGAUGCUAUAUAUAAUAUGCCUACUUGAUAAAAACGAAUCUAGAUUCAUGUGCAUUCUUACAAUUUAAUGAAUUAACCGUACACGCAACGUUCCUUCCACAUAAUUUCUGAAUCAUACUCUGUUUAUCAUCAAGCUCCAUCGAGGCCGAAUACGGUGUGUUUCGCAUAAAUGUAUAAAAAGAUAUCUGUAUUGUAGUCUAAAAAUCAAUUUUAUUUUAUUCGAUUUUAAUUACUAUUACAAUAUAUAUUACAGCAUUUCCGUCGCAAUUAUGUAUGCGAAAUUAUAAUCUCGUGUCCCUUAUAUUUUUUCCUGCUGCGAGAUUGGAUGAAUAUUCGCAUUAAUAAGAUAAACGGUGACUCUGCUAUCAAGGAUAAUGCGUAAGCACAGAAAUAACUAAGCCCAAAGUGUCCUAUAACCAUGGCGCUCUAAAAAUGAAAAUUGUGACAAUAAGCGUUUUUUUUUCGUCGAUGUCGGAGUUUUCAUUGUUCGUGUACUUACCAUGGACAAAAACUCUAAGUGAACAGAUGUUUCAUUGUGCAAACGAAUUGAAUUUAUGAUAAAAGGAUUUAAAAGGUAAGCGCAAUACGUGAGUCUGCUAAGAGGAAUCCAGAUUUUGCUUGUUAAUAGCUCCUUCACAAUGCCUGUAAUGAAGUCAAUUCGAUGAACAAGAAUAAAAUUUUUUUUCUAAAUUACAAC